UUAGAUAGUAGAUAGGAACUACUUUAGGUGAAGGAAAAGACAGCACACAAUACAAGGGAGGUCAGCACAAUUGGACUAAACCAAAAGCAAAGAAGUUUCCUGAAUAAACUGAAUGCUUCGAAGGCCAGUGUAGCAGGGGCAGGGGUCUGGCGACCAUGGUUCCAGGGGACAUCUAAGUCAAUUGGCAUAAUAAAAUCUAUUAAAAAAAACAUUCUGCAUCCCACUUUGAAGAGUGGCGUCUGGAGUCUUAAACGCUAGCAAGCAGCCAUCUAAGAUGCAUCAAUUGGUCUCAACCCACCUGGAUCAAAGGAGAAUGAAGAACACCAAGGACACAAGGUGAUUACGAGCCCAAGAGACAGAAAGGGCCACAUGAACCAAAGACUACAUCGUCCUGUGACCAGAAGAAUUAGAUGGUGCCCAGCUACAACCGAUGACUGCUCUGACAGGGAACACAACAGAGAACCCCUGAGGGAGCAGGAGAGCAGUGGGAUGCAGACCCCAAAAUCUCAUAAGACCAGACUUAAUGGUCUGACUGAGACUAGAAGGACCCCAGUGGUCAUGGCCCCCAGACCUUCUGUUGGCCCAGGACAGGAACCAUUCCCGAAGCGAACUCUUCAGACAUGGAUUGGACUGGACAAUGGGUUGGAGAGGGAUGCUGGUGAGGAGUGAGCUUCUUGGAUCAGGUGGACACUUAAGACUAUGUUGACAUCUCCUGCCUGGAGGGGAGAUGAGAGGGUGGAGGGGCUUAGAAGCUGGUGAAAUGGCCAUGAAAAGAGAGUGGAGGGUGAGAGCGGGCUGUCUCAUUAGGGGGAGAGUAAUUGGGAGUGUGUAGGAAGGUGUAUGUGGGUUUUUGUGUGAGAGACUGACCUGAUUUGUAAACUUUCACUUAAAGCACAAUAAAAAUUAUAAAAAAUUAAAAAAUAAAGUGGUUGCAGCAGUACAUCUACAGGGAACUGUCAGAAAUUCAAGCCGGAUUCAGAAUAGGAUGUGGAACAAGGGAUAUCAUUGCUGAUGUGAUAUAGAUCUUGGCGAAAGCAGAGAAUACCAGAAAGAUGUUUGCCUGUGUUUUAUUGGCUAUGCCAAGGCAUUCAACUGUAUGGCUCGUAACAAAUUACCGGUAACAUUGUGCAGAACGGGAAUUCCAGAACACUUAAUUGUGUUCAUGAGAAACCUGUACAUAGACCAAAAGUCAGUCAUUCAGAAGGAACAGGGGGAUAUUACAUGGUUUAAAAUCAUGAAAGGAUGUGUCAGAGUUGUAUUCUUUCACCAUACUUAUACAGUCUGUAUGCUGAGCAAAUAAUCUGAGAAGCUGUACUAUAUGAAGAAAAGGCGGCAUCAGGAUUGGAAGAAUACUCAUUAACAACCUGUGAUAUGCAGAUGACACAACCUUGACUGCUGAAAGCAAAGACUUGAAGCACUUAUUGAUGAAGAUCAAAGGCUACACCUUUCAGUAUGGAUUACGCCUCAACAUAAAGAAAACAAAAAUCCUCACAACUGGCCCAAUGAGCAACAUCACUAUAAACAGAGAAAAUAUUCAAGUUGUUCAGGAUUUCAUUUUACUUGGAUCUACAAUUAACGGCCAUGGAAAUAGCAGUCAAGAAUUCAAACAUAUUGCAUUGGGCAAAUCUGCUAUAAAAGAUCUCCUUGAAGUGUUAAAAAGCAAAAAUGUCAAUUUGAGGACUAAGCUUUACUUGACUCAAGCCAUGGUAUUUUCAUUAGCCUCAUAUACAUGCGAAAGCUGGACAAUGAAUAAGGAAGACGGAAAAGGAGUUGAUGCCUUUGAAUUAUGGUGUUGGCAAAGAAUAUUGAAUAUACCAUGGACUGGCAGAAGAAUGGGAAACCCUGGUGGCAUAGUGGUUAAGUGCUAUGGCUGCUAACCAAAGGGUUGGCAGUUCAUAUCCACCAGGUGCUCCUUGGAAACUCUAUGGGGCAGUUCUAUUCUAUCCUAUAGGGUCGCUAUGAGUCGGAAUCGACUUGAUGGCACUGGGUUUGGUUGGUUUUUUGGUUUGGCCAGAAGAACGAACAAAUCUGUCUUGGAAGAAGUACAACCAGAGUGCUCCUCAGAAGCGAGAAUGGCGAAAUUUCAUCUCACAUGCUUUGGACAUGUUAUCAGGAGGGAUCAGUCCUUGGAUAAGGACAUCAUACUUGGUAAAGUAGAGGGUCAGUAAAAGAGGAAGACCAUCAAUGAGAUGGAAUGACACAAUGGCAGCAACGAUGGGCUCAAGCAUAGCAACAAUGGUGAGGGUGGCACGGGACUGGCAGUGUCUCAUUCUGUUGGAAGUGACUGACAGCACCUGACAACAGUAGUGUGGGCCUGAUCAGGCUAAAAGCUGGCUUUUCUAUCUCCUCUUCUGCCUCCAUAGCACCUCAUCACUAUUGACCAUUUUUCACCUGGGCCAAUGUCCAGCUCCCAUCUCAUCCUUUCAUCAUCAUUGAGUUUGUUGUCAUUGCCUUUUUGAGUGGAGGGGUGUGUAAUGAUAAGUUUGUCAAUUUAUUUGUUUUGAAUGUCAUGUUUAAAUGGGCCCAUCAUUCACUCCCACUCUGUGAAUUUAUUCAUGACCCUCAUUCUGCCUUAGAGCACCUUCAACAUCCCUCUCAGUGUCCCGUCACCUUUAGAUGUCAUGAGCUUGUCCUUGCAUCUCUAUCAGCUAUAAAUCUGAAGCCCUCAGUGACCCCCUAGCAUUAGCAAAACACCUCUCCACUACCUGUGUGAGCUUAAGUGGUCCCUUAAACCUCUUAGUUUUCUUGAGUCCUCAGCUGUUACAAACAUGAGGAUUCUAUAAAUUUACAUUUGAAGCUGGACAAGGUUGAGAACAGAGUCUCUCUUUGCUUUUAUUUUUCCCAACUAGAAAAGUCCUUUGUCUCCUUUCCAUAUGUCCAGAUCUCACUUGUCCUUCAGGCCCACCUCCAAGAAGCCUUCCCUUAUUCCCCUGUCCACACAAAUCAGAAUGUCUUCCUCCAACUGUUGAGUGCUUGUGGUAAGUGCCGUACAACCUAGCUGUCUUUUAGGUCAAUCUUGCCUCUAAAAGCAGUCUCAGAGUUUGGGUUUCUCUUGCCCUCCUGUGAUCACUGUGGCUGUGCCAGCCCCACAGGUGGGCUCCACAGGAAGUGGCUACUUGACUAGGACAUGAGUGGAGAGGGUCAGGUGUGAAGGCCCAGGCAGGGUGCCUCUCUGUCUCCACCCUGUGCUUCUCCACAAAACCCGGAGAGCCUGUAGCCUGCCCCCCAACUCAAAGAUUCCUCAUGUGACCUCACUAUAAUGAUGACCUCACAGGUCUUCUCAGUUUCCAUGGCAGGUAACUACGCAAGCGUAGUGCCCUCGGGGAAACUUCCCUACCAGUUCUCUACGAGACAGCAGUCGAUUUGGUUGCUUGAGAGAGAAUGUCUGACCGGAUCUUCUAUAUUCACUCUAAUUUGUCCUCUGUCCCGUGGGAAGGCAGCACAGCAGCAGCUGUGGCUCCCACUUAUCUUCCUACACCUCGUCACUACCAUGUCCUCUACCGAGGGUAUGGAGAAACCCAGGUAGGCUGGCAUGGGGAGACAUAUUGCCUGGUUGGCGGCUACCGGGCCUAUGGGGAUGCUCCUGUGGCCAUCCCAGCAAACGUGGAAGCAGAGAAGCCAACCCCCAGCCGGGAUCCCAAGAGAUGCUAUCCUCUGGCAGAGUCUCAUGAAGACCCAGGCUGCUCCAGGCCCAAAAUUCGGCGCUUGCAGCAUGGUGGCAGGAGGCUGACCCCCCAGAAGCUCUCUGGCUGAGCCACUCUAUGGAGAGCACACAUAUUUAACUGCCUAAGAUAGCUAGUGCCUCUUCUUGCAGUGACUGCCACUGCUCCCCACUGGAGGAGAACCUGAGCCAUUCUCCCUGAGCCUUCCCCAGCCAGCAGCCCCCUUCCAUACCAUCUGGCCAUUGGCAAGGAACCUUGAAAACUGAGGUUUGAAAGGAGAGGCUGCUGUUUGAACAUACCAGGGGCUGAAGCUGGCCUGGAAGAAAACCUGAUGCUCCCCUGCUCAAGCCUCUAGAGUCCCUUCUUGGAUAGAAGAAAGAGAAUCUACCCUGUUAACCAAGGAAGAACCAGGUGCAGAGGGAGGGUACAGAAUGGUCUAGCAGGGGGCUCCUGCUUUGAGUCAUUGCCAGUGGCCACCAGGAGAAACCAGGAGAGGCUGCGCUUCCUGAAACUGGAGAAGACCAAGAAGAAGCAAUCUAUAGCUACUCAGGGAGCCUCCCAUCUGGAGUCUCAGGAGGCAGAAUAAAGAGACCCAGGGAGACCUGCCACCUGGAGCAGCAAGAGGCUAAAGAGAGUCGAGCAGCACCUCCCUGAAGCUCACAUGGUUCUUUUUUCCAGCCCUUUCUGGCCCCUGUGGGGUCGCAACUGUUCAAUGAAAUGCUUUUCUGUAACAGUUUUGUAUUUGAAAUCCAGCCUUUCUAACACAAGGCCCCAAACCUCACUGUUCCUUGAAGUACGUCUCUACACGGGGGGCCUGGUCCUCUAAGACCUUCCUCCAAGAAAGGCCUUUGGGUGCAGCUUCUAACUACACGGGUCUCUCAUUGAUGCCUUUGUAAACUAGAGUAGAACACAGGCAGGUUCUUUAAGGAAAGGACUGAUGAAUGUGUGUGUGUAAGGCGAAAAAGGGCAGGACUGAGAAGAUACUGUUCGUUCUAUCCAUCCAUCCAUCCAUUUAUUUAAUAAAUAUUUUUUGAGUACCUGUUAUACAUCAGCCACUGAGCUAGUUGCUUGGGAUAUAUUGGUGAAUGAGUUGAUUGAAGCCCCUCUCCUUAAGGCACCCACAAACUAAGGGAAGAGACAAAUAAUAAUUUCAGGUAGUUAUAAUUGCUAUAAAGAAAAAGCAGGAUAAGAAGACAGAGUGAUGUGGGGUGCUACAUAAUACAAGGUAGUCAGGGAAGACAAGGAGGCAACAUUUGAGCAGAGAUGUGAGCCACGUGAAGAGCUAUGGGCAGAACAUUUCUGGUGGAGGAAAUGGCAAGUAUAAGACUCUGAGGUAGGAAUAGCCUGGCUGGUUCUAGGACCAGCAAAAAGGUCAGUGUAAUUGGGGAGGAAUGAUUGAGAGAGAAGAAUGAAAGAUGUGGUUGGAGAAGUAGGCAUGAGCCUUGCCAGCCAUGGGGAGCAGUGCGGUUCUUAAGUGUGAUGGGAAACCAUGGAAGGGAUUUGAACAGGACAGAGAAGUGAUCUGAAGUAGAUGUUAAGAUCACUCUAACUGCUGUGUGCCAUGGCAGGGAGUUGCUGUGUGUUACCAUCGAAUGUCUCUGUCAGCAGUUAAGGGAAUAGCUGGUUGGUCCUGGGGAGUGGGAUUGGGAAGCAGCCAGCAGAGGAUAAACAGAUUCACCUGGGGGUCUUGUGAAAAAUAGUUUCCCAACACACACACCAUUCCUAAAUUAAAAUUUUUAGGAUAGGGCCUGGAAAUCUGCAGUUUUAAAAGCUUCCCAUAAUUACCAGUUAAUAGGAAAUAUAAGACACAGAGGAACAUGUUCAUUGACACUAUGAGAAUGCAAUUAGCAAAUUUCAAAAUGUAGAAAACUCUAUAGGACAAAGAUAUGAUUUUUUUUUCCAAAAAUAAAUUGCAAGGAAGAAAAAAAGAGGGAAGAGGAACCUACAAAUUGAAAUAAAAACCAAGCAAUGUGGGGAUCUUGUCUACACUAUAAUUCAGACAAAUCAAUUGAAAAAAACUAGGCAAUCGGGUAUGUGAAUAUGAUAGAUAUUUUAUGGCAUUAAGGAAGUGAAAAUGUUAACUUCAUUGGUAAUAAUGAUACAGUAGUUACAUCUAUUAAUAAGAGCUCUUUUAAAGAUGCAUACUUAAAUAUUUAUGGAUGAAAUAUCUGUGAUUUGUUUUAAAAUACUCUGGAGAAGAGGAUGGAUGAAGGUAUAAAUGAAAGAAGAUAGGUUAUCAGGUGAUAAUUGUUGAAGCUGGGUGAUAGGGGUUCAGUACACUCUUCUCUAUACUUUUUUAUGUUUGGAAUUGCCCCUAAUAAAAAGUUAAAAAAUAAAAAUAAAAGCUUCUCAGCUGCAGCCUAAUGUUCGGCCAGGUUAACAAUCAGUGAGGGCUCAGGUGGUCAGCUUGACAGGGUCAACUAGCUUGUGGGAAGCCCUGGAAGCCAGGCAGAGAAGUGCAGGCUUCCCACAUAAAACCAGGAAGCAUGGAGGGCUCUGAGGCAGGGUGCGCCAUUUAACAGCAACAAUGAGUUGUUGCAGAAAACAGGCCUGACAGGCCUCAGGGGUGAGCAGGCUAGACUGAGCAAAAGACACAGCAAGUCUGAACUUGAGGCUAAAUGAGAAAUCACAUAUGCUGGAGUAGAUGUUUAUUUGGCCAGGGCUGAUUGCCUGCACCGGGUGACCCCACAACUUACCCUUCUAUGUGCUUAUGUGCCAGCACAUGUGAUAACUGGUAGCAUGUCCAGCCACUUCACUGUGCACUCCCAGCAAAGGGCCAGCACCCCGUGGGUGAUCAGCAAAGGAUGUCUGGACAAACAGAUGGGUAGGUGUAAGGAAUUUGAGGCCUUUCCUUGUAAAAGAGACAGAGGCUGGAAGUGGAGGGAUCCGAGGAGCCCUGACUUGGCCAGGAGAGCAUCACUGUGACCAUUUGCCUCCCCAGCAGCUGGCCUUCCUGUACCCAUUCCUGUCCUCCCUCCCAGCCACAUCCAGGGAGGGUUCUGCCCCAGGGACAACGGGCUACUCUCCCUACUACUGUUGGUUUCCUUAAUUGGCUACCAUAUGUCCCAUGAACUCUCACUGAAAAUAGGGCCAGUCCAGCCCAAUCCUGGUGAGGCUGGCAGUGGUGAGCAGGUAAGAGGAUGGGCAGAAAUGGACCGAGCAUAUCUUACCAAGUGGCUGGCCACUAUUCUCUGCAAACUCUGGCUUCGGUAAGAGUUCCCUCCGGGCCUGGAGCACCUGCGGAGGGGGAGCCAAAAGAGACAAAGACUCUGGGUGGGUCUGGCCUCAGGUCCCAGAAAGUCCAGGAAACAGAAAGCUAAGUACAUUUCUCCACAAACUCUCAGUCCUGUUUUUCCCACAAGCUGCCCCCAAAAUGCAGGGCUUCUCCUGCCCCGUGUUCUAGCAUGGAGGUCAGGAAAGAGCAACCUUUAGAUGGAGCAACUGCUUUGUUCCUCGGUGGGGUCAUUGGGAGAGCAGAGCUAGGGGGAACUGUUGUUGUUGUUGUUGUUGUUGUUAGGUGCCAUCGAGUCGGUUCUGACUCAUAGCGACCCUCCCUAUGCACGACAGAACGAAACACUGCCCGGUCCUGUGCCAUUCUUACCAUUGUUGUUAUGCUUGAGCUCAUUGUUGCAGCCACUGCGUCAAUCCACCUCGUUGAGGGUCUUUCUCUUUUCCGCUGACCCUGUACUCUGCCAAGCAUGAUGUCCUUCUCCAGGGGCUGAUCCCUCCUGACAACAUGUCCAAAGUAUGUAAGACGCAGCCUCGCCAUCCUUGCCUCUAGGGAGCAUUCUGGCUGCGCUUCCUCCAAGACAGAUUUGUUCGUUCUUUUGGCACUCCAUGGUAUAGUCAAUAUUCUUCACCAACACCACAAUUCAAAGGUGUCAACUCUUCUUCGGCCUUCCUUAUUCAUUGUCCAGCUUUCACAUGCAUAUGAUGUGAUUGAAAAUACCAUGGCUUGGGUCAGGCACACCUUAGUCUUCAGCGUGACAUCUUUGCUCUUCAACACUUUGAAGAGGUCCUUUGCAGCAGGUUUGCCCAAUGCAAUGCAUCUUUUGAUUUCUUGACUGCUGCUUCCGUGGCUGUUGAUUGUGGAUCCAAGUAAAAUGAAAUCCUUGACAACUUCAAUCUUUUCUCCGUUUAUCAUGAUGUUGCUCAUUGGUCCAGUUGUGAGGAUUUUUGUUUUCUUUAUGUUGAGGUGUAAUCCAUACUGAAGGCUGUGGUCUUUGAUCUUCAUUAGUAAGUCCUUCAAGUCCUCUACACUUUCAGCAAGCCAGGUUGUGUCAUCUGCAUAACACAGGUUGUUAAUGAGUCUUCCUCCAAUCCUGAUGCCCCAUUCUUCUUCAUAUAGUCCAGCUUCUCGGAUUAUUUGUUCAGCAUACAGAUUAAAUAGGCAUGGCGAAAGAAUACAACCCUGACGCACACCUUUCCUGACUUUAAACCAAUCAGUAUCCCCUUGUUCUGUCCGAACAACUGCCUCUUGAUCUAAGGGGGAACAGAGCUUGCAAAAUAUGGAGGCCAGGGGACUUUGGUUUCAGAUCCAGUUCCACUUGCGAGCCGAACCUGUUUUUUUCACCUACAAGAUGAGGCUAGUAAAAACCCUACUUUAUGGGUUGCUGGAGCCCUGGUGGAGGAGUGGUUAAAGUGCUCAGCUGCUUACCAAAAAAAAAGGUGGGCAGUUCAAACCCACCAGCUGCUCCGUGGGAGGAAGAUGUAGCAGUUUGCUUUCCUGAAGAUUUGCAGCCUUGCGUAACAAAAUAUAUUAAGAGAACGUUCUGCAUUCCACUUUGGUGAGAGGCGUCUGAGGUCUUAAACGCUAGCAAGCAGCCAUCUAAGAUGCAUCAAUUGGUCUCAAUCCACCUGGAGCAAAGGAGAAUGAAGAACACCAAAGACAUAUGAGCCCAGGAGACAGAAAGGGCCACAUAAACCAGAGACUACAUCAGCCUGAGACCAGAAGAACUAGAUGGCGCCCAGCUACCACGAUCACUGCCCUGACAGGGAAGACAACAGAGAAUCCCUGAUGAAGCAGGAGAAUAGUGGGAUGCAGAUCUCAAAUUCUCGUAAAAGGACCAGACUUAAUGGUCUGAGACUAGAGGGACCCUGGAGGUCAUGGUCCCCGGACCCAUUGUUAGCCCAAGACUGGAACCAUUCCCAAAGCCAACUCUUCAGACAGGGAUUGGACUGGACUAUAAGAUAGAUAAUGAUACUGGUGAAGAAAGAGCUUCCUGGCUCAAGUAGACACAUGAGACUAUGUGGGCAACUCCUGUCUAGAAGCGAGAUGAGAAAGCAGAAGUGGACAGGAGCUGGUUGAAUGGACACGGAGAAUACAGGGUGGAGAAGUGGAACGUGCCGUCUCAUUAGGGGGAAAGCAGCGAGGAGGAGUACAAAGCAAGGUGUGUAUAACUUUUUGUAUGACAGACUGACUUGAUUUGUAAACUUUCACUUAAAGCACAAUAAAUAAAAAAAGGUUUGCAGCCCUGAAAACCCUGUGGGGCAGUUCUAUCCUGUCCUGUAGGGUCGCUAUGAGUUGAAAUUGACUCAAUGGCAAUGGGUUUGGUUUUUGGUUUGUGGUCUGUUGUGAAGAUUGAAUGAGUUAAAGCAUAUCAAACUGGUAGCAUAGCUCCAGGCACACAGUAACUCUAGCUAUGCUUGUUGUCACUUGUUCCACAAGGGGGGGAAAACGGCAGCCUCCUGAGCCUGCAAAAAAUGUGGAAUGAGCACUUGUUGUGUGUGGGCGUGGUGGCAAGUGCUGUAAUACUGUGCACUCCCACUCAUGUGGGACUAGUGAUGUGUUGCACUAUUGUGGUCAUGGCCUCAUUGAGUUCACCACCCAGCUUCAGCAGAAGGCAACCACUAAGACCGCCGUUAGGAGGA